AUGCAGAUUAAAAGAAUGCCCUCUGGAAAUCCCAUUACUCAGAAGACAAUCGAAGAUGAAGAAUUGGGAGGAGAGCAAGCUCGUGAAUAUGCCAUUUCCGAUGAUGAAGACGAACCCUCCGAGGUUCUCACUAAGCAGAUACUCACGAAUAUGAAGACGAGUGUGUUCGACGAGUCUCUAGACAAAUUCCUUCCCGAGAAUUUCAUCAAGGAGCUCAUCACUCGCGAUAUAAUUGAACAAGUGUUGGGUUCCAACGAGAGUCCGAGACUCGUCGACUGGAUCUACGAGCACUCGAAGAAGCUAUUCGCCAUCGUCAUUCUCUGUGGUGUCGCCGGUCCCGAUCUUCUACAAUCGAUGCAGGUCUUCCGCGAACAUCAAUACACGGACGAAAGGCUACCACUUGAAGACUUCACUAAGCGAUACAACUUUUUUGCGAAGAACGUUUGGGGCUCGUAUAUGAAGCGUUAUAAUUUCUUCAACCUGCAAUGGGAAUUCCUCGCCCCGGUUUUUGGAUUACAGUAUAAGUACGAACUUCAUGCAAACAGCGUCCUGCCUUUUACCUACAAGGAUAGGGUAUCGAAGCAAGGCUCUUUUGGAAAAGUAUACCGCGUCGAGAUUGAGAAUGCGCACCGCAAAGGGGGAAUCCCUUCAUCUGUUGCUAUCAAACAAAUUCGAAUGGGGGCAGAGGCUAGCGAGGCUCAAGUCGACCUUGCUUGGGACACAGAAGCUCGUACGUUUGAGAAGCUUCGGGAACUCAACCACGCCAACAUUAUACCGUGUCUUGCAGCCAUACAAAAGUCCCACAAUCGCUACUUCAUGUUUCCUUGGGCCGACGGAAACUUGCGAGAAUUCUGGACGAACUAUCGUGGCCCUCGGAACCCAGAGAUUAUCGAGCAGACCGUUAAUCAGCUAUACGGUCUAGCAGACGCUCUGGAUAAGCUGCAUAACUACAACACAUAUCUCUCCCAAAAUGCCACCCUUAAUGCCGGUUCAUACUCGACCCUCGCACCGCCAAAACACGCUCCGUUUGAGAAUAUCCGUCACGGAGACCUAAAGCCGGAAAAUAUCCUGCGCUUUGCCGAGCAUGACCUUGACCUAGGUACACUAAAGAUUGGCGACAUGGGGCUAGCCCAGCAUCAUCUCAUGGAUACUUACUCCCGAGCUGCUCAAUCUGCUACCAGCUAUGGAACCGUGAGGUACCGAGCACCCGAGUCUUUUGUAAAGGAGCUCGACCAACCUAGAUCACGCCUAGAAGACGUCUGGGCCAUGGGAUGCAUUACGCUCGAAUUCAUAGUGUGGAUCUUGCGAGGUAAUGAAGGCCUGGAAGACUUUAAUAAGAGCAUUCAAUGGCAGCAGCAGCCGUUGUGGGAUAGCAUGCAAUUAUCGCCGUAUUUCGAGAUCGCUUACGAUGGAGGUUUACCGGGCGCUAUUCUCCAUUCAGAGGUCCAACGAUGGAUUGAGGAGGUUCUGCCUCAGGAUCCUGGAUGCCAACCCGGCUCGGCUGUUGGCGAUCUUCUCUCCAUUGUCAAAAAUAAGCUUCUCGUCCUAGAUUAUCAGCCACCAGAAGGCUGCCUUCGUCCGGCGGCAUUCACACCGACCAACCAGGAUUUAGUUACCGUGGACAAUCACACAUCUUCGCCGCAGACAACCCCCAUAAGUCCGGAUUCCAAUACACCCUGUAUUCGCGCCACGGCCCGGGAAUUUCGGGAUGACAUACAAGAAAUCCGGGAUAGGAUUCGGCAGGACCGGAGAUACCUCCUUGCUUCCACGGACAAAAUCGGUCAACCACCACCUCCUCCUCAGACGCUGGAUUCUCCUCCCAGUAGCACUACUACAGCCGGUAUUCGGGCUUCUGAAUCGAGCCAACAGAGCGAUGCUCAUGGCGAACAUAGAAAGGAAGACGGUGAAACUCCAAAGCCGGUUCGGCAAGAUGGGCUGAUCCAGGCAAGAGUUUCGCAGCACCUCGCCGAACACGAUCCAGCAGCUGGCCGGCUCUAG